CGUUCAUAUAAAAAUAAUAAUAACCUUGAUAUUUUUUAGUUUUUACUAUUAUCCACUUCAAUCGCGUGACUCAAUCCUAAAUCACCAUGACUAGAUUUGAGGUAGUAUUCGUCUCUACACCAACCAUCGGAAACAUGGUUCCCACCGUCGAAUUCGCUAACCACCUAACCAAACACAACCCUCAAUUCUCUGCAACCAUUCUCUUCAUCACUAUGCCACAUCGACCACUAGUCAACACCUACGCCCAAUCUCGUGCUUCCACCGCCACAAAUCUCCGUUUCAUCUAUCUCCCUACAGUAGACCCGCCCACACCCGAUCAGUACCAAUCUUCCAUCGGUUACCUCUGCCUCCUCAUACAAAACCAAAAAAACAACAUAAAGAAUGCACUCCAAAACCUCACAACAACUGAGUCAACUUCCGAGUCACCAUCUGACUCAGUUGAACUCGCUGGUUUAUUCAUCGAUAUGUUCUCCACCACCAUCAUCGACGUAGCCGUUGAGCUUGCCAUCCCUUGCUAUCUCUUCUUCGCGUCACCGGCGAGUUUCCUUGGAUUCAUGCUCCACCUCCCUCGAGUUGAAUUGAUUGAAUCGGAAACUGAGUUCGAAAUCCCGUGUUUCAAGAACCCGCUUCCACGACUCGUUUUACCCAAUAUGGUGUUGAAUUGGAAAACAGAAGAAGACGGUUAUUCGUGGGUUUCAUAUCAUGCAAGAAGGUACAGAGAAGCUAAGGGUAUUGUCGUAAAUACAUUAGAAGAGCUUGAACCUUACGCUCUUCAAUCACUUAACAAUGAUUUGCAGCUUCCACCGGUUUAUCCCAUUGGACCGAUUCUUGACCUUGUUGGACCGGUCCAAUGGAACCCAAAUCCGGUCCAAUAUAAUUACAUCAUGGAAUGGUUGGAUAUGCAGCCAGUAGCGUCUGUGGUUUUUCUUUGCUUUGGUAGCAUGGGAAGUCUCGAAGUAAAACAGGUAGAGCAGAUUGCUUUUGGGCUUGAACAGGCUGGGGUUAGAUUUUUGUGGGCUUUACGGGAACCUCCCAAGGCCCAAUUAGAGGACCCAAGAGAUUACGUGAGUCAUGAGGAUGUUCUACCGGAUGGGUUUUUGAAACGAACGGUGGAGGUGGGUAUAGUGUGUGGGUGGGCCCCGCAAGCAAAGGUACUGGCCCACAAGGCGAUAGGUGGAUUUGUGUCGCAUUGUGGUUGGAACUCAAUAUUGGAGAGUCUGUGGUAUGGUGUGCCAAUUGCUACAUGGCCAGUGUAUGCAGAGCAACAAAUGAAUGCUUUCCAAAUGGUUAGAGAAUUAGGAUUAGCGGUGGAGAUUAGGGUGGAUUAUAGCAAGGGUAGGGAUUUGGUAAGGGCGGAAGAAGUUGAGAAUGGUGUUAGUACCUUGAUGAAUGGUAGUGAUGAGAUUAGGAAGAAGGUUAAGGAUAUGAGUGAAAAGUGUAGAGUAGCCUUGAUGGAGAAUGGGUCAUCUUAUACUGACCUUCUAUCCUUGAUUCAUGAAUUAACAAAAUGACCGCCCCAUGUUAUUAUUACUCUAUGAUAAUAAUCUUUUUAAAACAACUAAGAUAUUUAGUUUUCUUAUUGUUCUAAGAAUCUAACUUGUAUACCUUAAGUUUGUUUGUUAUAUUUAAUUUCAAAAUAUUGUUACAAAUAUUGAUGUAAUGAGAUGUAAUAUAUAAUAUCUAUUCUAUUUUGUAUUCUAUAUAAAAUUAAGGGUUCCCUUUGAA